GGGGGGCUGCGUGUUUCCGGAAGACGUGGCGGCCGCUUCUGCCGCCGGUUCCAGCCACCUCCCCCCUCCCUAGUUCCCUGCUGCUGCCGCCGCCGCCACCGGCCUCGCCGCCACCAUGAUCUCCCUCACCGACACCCAGAAGAUUGGAAUGGGAUUAACGGGCUUUGGUGUGUUUUUCCUUUUCUUUGGAAUGAUUCUCUUUUUUGACAAAGCACUUUUGGCUAUUGGAAAUGUUUUAUUUGUGGCUGGCUUGGCUUUUGUUAUUGGUUUAGAAAGAACAUUUAGAUUCUUCUUCCAAAAACACAAAAUGAAAGCAACAGUCUUUUUCUUGGGUGGUGUGCUUAUAGUUCUCAUUGGUUGGCCCUUGAUAGGAAUGAUCCUUGAAAUGUAUGGAUUUUUCCUUUUAUUCAGGGGUUUCUUUCCUGUGGUGGUUGGUUUUAUUAGAAGAGUGCCAGUCCUUGGAUAUCUCUUGAAUUUACCUGGUAUAAGCUCGCUUGUAGAUAAAGCUGGAGAAAGCAACAACAUGGUAUAAUGACAAGUGGGCAGAAGGCUGGUUCUAAAUUUAUUGUAUUAUUUAUAAAGCUUUUGAAGAAUAUUCAGCACAAAGAUUAAAUUGUGAACAAAGGAAAAGCUUGUAACAUUCUUUAUAUAAAAGUUUAAUUUAAAAUGUAUAGUCUACAAAAUACAUCAUUAGACAAGAAGCUCAGCAAGCAUGCUUCUGAGACAAGCUAUUCGAAGAAUUUGGGAAGUAAACCGAAGAGGUGAAAGUCAUGGGAUAACCCAUGCUACAACUGUUCAAGACUGUUUUUAAUGUUUUUGGAAAAUAUGCUAAACAUAAUGAACCCUCAUGGAACUAACGGUGCCUGUACUUUACCUCCUUAUUUUGAAGGUUUGGUAGAGUGAACAGGUCUUUAUUUUUAAGGCAUUCCCCUCCUACCUACCCAACCCACCACCUGCCACAUCCAAAAAAAAAAGAGGAGGUGCGGGGGGCAAAAAAUAUUACCUGUUGUUUAACAAAAGAUGUCUUUCUUGCAUGAAAGUUAAGAUGGAUAAUCAUUUUUAAGUAUAUGUAAUAACAAAGGAAACCCCUCUACACUUCUACUGUAAACAUUUUUUGUAAAUAUGUGGCUAAAAUAAAACUUCAUUGUUAUCUUCA